CGCACUGAUGCGCAAUUGGAGACGUGUGUGCCAGUAAUCAGCUGCGGCUUUCUCCGCUGAGUCAAAACGUGACUCUUGUUCGGAAUUUUCCGAAACUUUUAUCCCAUUCAACAAGUUUUUUCCUUCUUUAUGUUCACUUCUUGUCAUUUUUGUUGUCUACGUGUAGCGUCUACUUCGUACUGGAAGUGUAAAGUACGAUCCUCUUGACUGCCGGGUGUGCGUAUUGUCCUGUAUCAGCCGAGAAGCACCUCCUCCGUCGCUUCUCCUGCAGUGCUGGAUUCAUAUACUCGAUGGACAUGACACAUUUUACGGGGUUUGUGAGUUGAUAUCGUGCUCCUGUGAAGACUCUACAUGCUUCAGUUUGUGACUGACAUGCUCUGUUGAGUUAAAGGUCAAAUCUUGACGAAGGCUUUCCUGACAAAUUCACUCCUGUCAACACCAUGGCUUCCAAUAUAAUCGUGGAGCAGCAGUUUUCUCACAAAUUCACUGUGACGGUUGUUCGAGCUGAGAGCGUUACCAAAGGAGCGCUGGGUGACCUGUUGGAUACUCCAGAUCCAUACGUGGAGCUGUUCAUCCCGACUGCCCCAGAGAGCAGAAAGAGGACCAAGCAUAUAGACAACGACAUCAACCCAAAAUGGAACGAGACCUUUGAUUUUAUAUUAGACCCCAACCAGCAGAACGUCCUGGAGUUAACAUUAAUGGAUGCCAAUUAUGUGAUGGAUGAGACACUUGGGACGGCAUCCUUUGACAUCACCAAGCUCAAAGUGGGUCAGAAAAAGACAGAGGCUUUCCGCAUUGGCAAAGCAACCAAAGUGCACUUAGAGAUGUCGCUGGAGAUCUGCACAAACCUGGACCUGCGGUUCAGCCUGGCCCUGUGUGACAAGGAGAAGCAGUUUAGACAAACCCGCAGAGAACGAGUAAUGCUCGGCAUUAAGAAGCUGCUGGACAUGGAAAAGCCUCGUUUCCUCCCCAGCUCUCCAGAGGAGGUGCCUGUGAUAGCCGUAGCGGGUUCAGGAGGUGGUUUUCGUGCCAUGGUCGGCUUCUCAGGCGUGAUGAAGGCCCUGUUUGAGUCUGGGGUCCUGGACUGCGCCACAUAUAUUGCCGGCCUCUCCGGAUCCACAUGGUACAUGUCCACGCUCUACUCCCACCCUGACUUUCCAAAUAAGGGCCCAAAAGACAUCAAUGAGGAGCUGAUGAAGAGAGUUAGCAGUAACCCGCUCAGGCUGUUGCUCCCCCAGCACAUCACCAACUACAUCCAGGCCCUCUGGACCAAAAAAGCCUCAGGGCAGCCUGUUACCUUUACCGAUGUAUUCGGUAUGCUCAUAGGAGAGACGCUUAUACCUGCGAGAAUGGACACCAAGCUGAGUGACAUCCAGGAAAAAAUAGACCAGUCCCAAAGUCCUCUUCCUCUCUUCACAUGUCUGCAUGUGAAGCCAGAUGUUUCUGAGCUCAUGUUUGCAGACUGGGUGGAGUUUAGCCCAUAUGAAAUUGGGAUGGCAAAGUAUGGCACCUUCAUGCCCCCCGACUUGUUUGGAAGCAAGUUCUUCAUGGGAACUGUUGUGAAGAAAUAUGAGGAAAAUCCUCUUCACUUUCUGAUGGGUGUGUGGGGAAGCGCCUUCUCAAUCCUGUUCAACAGAGUGCUGGGAGUCAAGGACACAGCUGGUGGCAGUACCAUGGAGGAGGAGUUAGAGCAGAUCAAACCUCAGCACAUUGUCGGCGAAGACAGUAUGGACAAUGAUGACGAGCCACGCAAAGGCGGGACAGAAAGCCAGGAGGCAGAGGAUGAGUUUCACCGCACCGCUCAGGCCAGCUGGGUCCAGCGAAUGUUCACAUCCCUCUUCAGUGACUCUGCCUUGUUCAACACAAGAGAGGGCCGGGCUGGGAAGGUGCAUAACUUCAUGUUGGGCCUGAACCUGAACACCAACGUCCCAUUCUCACCCAUAAGUGAGAUCACAUACCACGCCCCGACACCAGAGGAGGAGGUGGACGCUGUAACAGAUCCAGAUGAGUUUGAUCGUAUUUAUGAACCUCUGGAUGUGAAGAGUAAGAAGAUCCAUGUGGUGGACAGCGGCCUGACCUACAACCUUCCCUACCCUCUCAUCCUGCGGCCGCAGCGUGGCGUCGACCUCAUCAUCUCCUUUGACUUUUCUGCACGACCCAGCGAUUCCAGCCCUCCUUUCAAGGAGCUUCUCCUCGCAGAGAAGUGGGCCAGAAUGAACAAGCUCCCAUUCCCCAAGAUCGACCCCAAAGUUUUUGACCGGGAGGGUCUGAAGGAGUGUUACGUUUUCAAACCAAGAAAAGGCGAAAGGAACUGCCCGACUGUCAUCCACUUUGUCCUGGUCAACAUCAACUUCAGGAAAUUCAAAGCGCCCGGGGUUCCCAGAGAGACUGAAAAGGAGAAGGAGCUGGCUGAUUUUGACAUCUUUGACGACCCCGAGACACCAUUCUCCACUUUUAACUUCCAGUACUCCAACGAGGCAUUCACCCGACUUCAUGACCUCAUGGAGUUCAACACUCUCAACAACCUGGAGGUUAUUAAAGAAGCCAUCAAGGACUGCAUUGUGACCCGGAAGGAGAAUCCCUCAGGCCUGUCCCGUCCCUUCUCCCUCAGUGAGAUCCCAAAGAAAAAGUUUCUCAAAAGGGAUCAUCAUGCUAAACCCUGGAAUCACCUUGGAAAUGAUAAACAGUAGCUUAAAACUAAGACUUUGAAAAAGAGGACUUUUAGGGAUUUAUUUUGACUCAGCCAUUAAGUGAUACAUUUUCUAUUUGGAAAAUGCUGAUCUCUUCUUUGUCUUCUUUCAAUCAUGAUGGGUUUGUUAAACUCUGGAUCUGAGAUAAGUGUCUGAUAAUGGGCUUUUGUAAAGAACCUUAACAUUUUCUGGUAAAAGCCUUAUGAUUGCAUUCAUAUACAACAGAAUUUUCGUCUGGCUUUAGUUGCACGAAUGUGAGUGCUGGAGAAACUGUUUUUAUUGACCACAAACAGCUGAUAUUCACUUUCCUAUGACAGACUGGGGGUUGAAAACCAACAUUACUAAACACUGCAGAGCAACUAGAUUGUUAUCACAUCCAUCAUGGAAAACACAAGAUUGUUUGUGAGUUGUGGUUUGGUUUUCUUAUGAAAGAAAUGUCCACUUAGAAUUAGCUUAUUCACUUCACUUUAUUGCAUCAUGUGAAUUUUCUACUCUGGUUGCAACACUCUCAGUCCACAUGGACACCGCUCGGCUAUUAUGCUGCUUAGAGAGAAGCUGCAUUUGCAUCUAUCCAAUGACCUGCAGUCUCGCUGCUUCUAAAUUUAGUGCUGUGCAAGCACACAAUGAGAAACCUCACCUGCACUGUACCUGCUUAUGAACUGAACUCUGUGUGUGACUACAGAGCAUGCAAAUUACCGUGUUUUUGUUUUUUCCCCCGGAUGGCCGGUCUAAACAUGUAAUCCUGUUUGAAAACGUGGAUGAGCAGCUCGUAACCAUUGGUUUUGUUUGAUGGCAACUCCUAAACAUGCCAAGUGCACCCCGUCUGGAUACCUCAAACAUCUCAAUGAUGUUUAUCCACCUACAGGGAAGGAGCACUCCCUGUUACCCCUGUAGGGAGUGUCUCAUAUUAAAGCCACCAUUUUGGAAAAACAAAACUUGAUACCAUGGAAACAGCCCUGCUUCUCCUUGCUAACUCUCCCUCUCUCUCUCCAAGAGGAUAAAGGUGUGUUUAUUUUCCUGACCAUGUUGUUUCAGGGUGCCUUUUAGAUACAGAUACAGUUUGUUUUUCCAUGGCCACUUCCUCCUCCAACUAAACCAACUUGCUAUCGGACAUUUUGAAGAAAGAUUGGUGCUUAGGUCAACGUGAGGAAAGACUCGGGGGAGCGAUCACGAGACCUGCUCCAGCUGAGACGGUGGUUCUCGGCAGCACUCAGUGGAAUUUUACACACUACACCUACACCUGCAGCAUUGGAGGCCUGGAAUCUGACACACUACACCUAUACCUGCAGGGGCCCGAAGACUGCACGACAAGAAGUGGAAUUUUACACUGAACCAUUCCCGACCCCUAUAUGUUAAUGUAGGUCGAGGGAAAAAACGAGAAAAAGUGUUCUGUAACCUUGAUGCAGGGUUUUGUAACCAUGAAACCUUUGUAGUUUGCCUAUUAGUGAAUUUUAAUAUGAUGCCUCUCUUCUUCUUCCUUUUCUUUAAAAAAAAAAAAAAAGUAAUAGUAUUCUUGUAUGCAAGAAAUAGUUUCGGAAAUUUGGGUAAUAUUUCACUUCAAUACCAAUGUCUGUAAGUUACAUGUAAGCAAGCAAUUGGAAAAAGGGGAAACAGCUAGUUUGUUAGUUGUCCAAAUGUACAAAAACUGUAAUUAUGAAUUUUAAAAAAAACACAUAUAAAUUUACAUUUUUGAGCUUUACAGGUGUUACAGGGUGGAUUUUGUUGCAGAAAUGGGCAAACUAGUUUCUAUUUGUAGUUCUUAAACUCAACGUUGCAAACACAACUUAUAUGUUUCUUUAGGCAGAUAAUGUGAACUGGACAGCAAGUUGUGCUUUUUUACAAAGCAUGAUGAUGAUUAAUUUGAAGUUUUGGCCACAAGUCUAAUAUUCGCUCUUUUUUAGCUCUGUGUUUGGUCUCUACCAAGUUCCGAGGGAGAUUUCAGGCUCUGCUGUGUUUACCAGCUUGUUGCUGUAGCUGCUAACUAUGUCUGUCUCCUCUUUGGUGCUGUGUACAGUGUUUUUCCUCUUUUUUUGCUGUAAACACCUGCUUGCUGUGGGCAAAAACAAAUGAAUUUGAGUCAAGAAUGAACCAAAACAGUAAAAUUGUUUCCCUAAGAGCUUAACACGAACUAAAAUUCACUCUCAACCCUGUGAAGUUCAGGUUCAUCACAACAAUCAGCAACUUUCGAAUAAUGAAAUUGCUUUUACUUUGUCAUUUGAUAGUAGAUUAAAUAUAAAAAAUAUGAAUCAUAAUCACUUUAAGUUUGACGAACCAACUGUUUGCUGUAACCUCAUGUAUAACAGACUAAUGUGAAUAUGGUAUAGAUAGGUCUAUAUGGGCUAUUCCCAUGAAGGUGAUUAAGUUCCCAAAAUAGUUCAUGAAGUUCUAUUUAGAACAAAACAGGCAUCCAUCAUUUUGUGAAGACAUCCUGUGAACUUCUGUGAGUGAUUGUGUUACAUCUUUUGUACAUUUAUUCUUUUCUUUUACGUUUUGCUUUUAAUUCAUUUAGCAAGAAAAUAUGAACUGUAACAAUUUUCUGUAUUUUUUAUAUAUUGCAUUUUAUGGUCUUUGACAAUGUCAGUUCUAGGGAAUUCAGAUAUGUACAUAAAUACUCUAACUGUAUUAUGACUGGCAACACGACAUACAUCAUGUUUAUGUACAUUGUUAAAAGACAAUAAUAAAAGAUAGAUCUUA